CCUUAUCACUGUUACCCGUACUCUAAACGACCAUGCGUUCCAUUCUUCUACUAUCAUUGUUUGCAGCUGCUGCUAAUGCAGCGGUCCUUCCUGCAUUCCGAGUUCAAGAAAUUGGUCAAACUUUGUCGACCGAUUUGAUUACCAAUUGCGGUGACGAACAUGACAUUUUGAGUAUCGAUUAUAUCAAUUUGACACCCGAUCCUCCGGUCAAGGGUCAGCCUCUCGAUAUCGAAUUCAAGGGCUGGUUAAGUGAGCAAGUUGAAAAUGGAUCUUACAUCGAUUUGACGGUUAAAUUUGGAGUUGUUAAACUUCUACAAAAGCGUCUCGAUUUGUGCGAUCAAGCUAAGGAGAUCGAUACUCAGUGCCCUAUUGCUGCCGGAGAGUUUACCUUCACUAAAUCCGUUGAUCUUCCUAAUGAGAUUCCCGGGGGAAAAUACACUGUAAAUGCAAAGAUUAUGACCCCAGAUGAACGACAGAUUACUUGCUUGAACGGUGUUACUACCUUCCCUCGUCAAAGGAUUAGUUUUGCUGGAUUGUUCGAUUAAAUCAGCCCACUUCACAGCCUCGAAUUGACGGUUUUUACCCAAAGAGGUGUAUAACUUUUUGCUCUUAUCAGAAGACAUAUAGUGCCAGCUUUCUUUUUACUUUUUAAAUUUUAUUGUAUUAUUUUUAUGUUUGUUUUGAGAGUUAUCCCGUUUCACAACCCCAUAAACUUGAAUGAAAGAAAGGCUCUUUUUUGAUUGUUUUG